UAUAACAUCCGGGUGUAUUAGCCAGAUAGCAGGUGCUAACUGACUUAAUCCUUAAUUUUUGUUCAUAUCGAAUAAGUGCUUCUCAGUAAAAAAGCAGGUUCGUCGUAUUUGGGCAAACUAGUUACCAUUCGUUUUCGCAUUGGCUAGAAUGGGGCUGCUCUUUCUGGCCUGCCUUUUGUUGUGCCUCAGCGCUACCCAGGCUGUGGAUCGCGGAAACUUCAAAACCUGCGACCAGAGUGCUUUCUGCAAGCGUCAGAGGGCAAUGAAGCCAGGCCAGUCAGCAUACAGAGCCUUGCUGGACACUUUGGAGCUCAGUGACUCCCGUCUGACCCUGCAGCUCAUCAAUGACAACAACAAGGUGCGCUUGCUGCUGGAGCUGUACCGUCUCCAGGGCAACAUGACGCGGGUGAAGAUCAACGAGCUGAAACCCCUCAAGCCUCGCUACGAGGUGCCGGACGUUCUCAUCACCGACCCCCCCACCGAGCCUCUCUCAGUGCUUUCCCAGGAUGAGAACGGAGUGGUGCUCUCCCUGGGCGCGGAGACCCGCCGGCUCAUCGUUAGCGCCCGCCCCUUCCGCCUGGACAUCAUGGAGGGCCCGCAGGUGCUGCUGUCCCUCAACUCCCGCGGCCUGCUGGCCUUUGAGCACCUCCGCCUGCGCAAGGACACUCUCUCCGAUAAGAUAAGUAGCACAGUCGGUAGCAUGUGGGAUAAAAUCAAGAACGUUUUCUCUAGUAACAGUCAGACAGACCCCGCGGGAGCAGAGAGGACAGAGGACUCUGACACUGCAGACCAGCAUGUAGAGGAGAAGGCAGCGGACGGAGAGAGCGAUAAGGAAGACGAGCAGCCGGGGGAGUGGGACGAGACGUUCAAAUCGCACACUGACAGUAAACCCAAUGGCCCGUCCUCCAUUAGCCUGGACUUCUCCCUGCCUGGAGUGGAGCAUGUAUACGGCAUUCCGGAACACGCUGACAACCUCAAGCUCAAAACCACAGAUGGAGGAGACCCCUACAGGCUAUACAACCUGGAUGUGUUCCAGUACGAGCUCUACAACCCCAUGGCCCUCUAUGGCGCUGUUCCAGUGCUCCUGUCCCACAAUGCACAGAGAACAAUGGGCAUCUUCUGGCUCAACGCUGCAGAAACGUGGGUGGACAUCAGCUCCAACACUGCCGGGAAGACGGUGUUUGGGAAGAUGCUGGACUACGUUCAGGGCGCCAGCGAGACACCGCAGACGGACGUCCGCUGGAUCUCGGAGAGCGGCAUCAUCGACGUCUUCAUCAUGCUGGGGCCCAAGCCCACCGAUGUUUUCUCCCAGUAUGCAUCUCUCACAGGUACUCAGUCUUUCCCUCCACUGGCUGCACUGGCCUAUCACCAGUGUCGCUGGAACUACAACGACCAGGACGACGUCCGUGCGGUGGACCAGGGCUUCGAUGACCACGACAUCCCCUAUGACUUCAUCUGGCUGGACAUCGAGCACACUGACGGGAAGCGCUACUUCACGUGGGACCCCAACAAGUUCUCCCAGCCCCGUGACAUGCUGCAGAACCUCAUGGACAAGAGACGCAAGAUGGUAGCCAUCGUGGACCCCCACAUCAAGGUCGACAGCGGCUAUAAGAUCCACAACGAGAUUCGCUCCAAGAACUUUUACAUCAAGAAUAAAGAUGGUGGGGACUAUGAGGGUUGGUGCUGGCCAGGAAGUGCUGGCUACCCGGACUUUACCAAUCCAGAGAUGCGAGCCUGGUGGGCCAGUAUGUUUGCCUACGAUCAGUACGAGGGCACGAUGGAGAACCUCUACACCUGGAAUGACAUGAACGAGCCGUCUGUAUUCAACGGGCCGGAGGUCACCAUGCAUAAGGACGCCGUCCAUGGAAACUGGGAGCACAGGGAUGUGCACAACCUCUACGGCUUCUAUGUGCAAAUGGCCACUGCAGACGGGCUGAUCCAGCGCUCAGGGGGGGUGGAGAGACCCUUUGUGCUCACCAGAGCCUUCUUCGCUGGAUCUCAGCGCUUCGGCGCUGUGUGGACGGGGGACAACGCUGCUGAGUGGGACCACCUUAAGAUCUCCAUCCCAAUGUGUCUGAGCCUGGGGCUGGUGGGAAUCUCGCUGUGUGGAGCUGACGUCGGCGGCUUCUUCAAGUCCCCCAACCAGGAGCUGCUGGUGCGCUGGUACCAGACAGGGGCGUACCAGCCCUUCUUCCGGGCGCACGCCCACCUGGACACGCCCCGGCGGGAGCCCUGGCUGUUCGGCCCCGAGAACACGGCGUUGAUCCGAGAGGUGGUGCGCCAACGCUACACCCUCCUGCCCUACUGGUACCAGCUGUUCUACCAUGCCUACCGCACCGGGAAUCCCGUCAUGAGACCUCUGUGGGUGGAGUAUCCUGAAGACGUUGCCACGUUUGCAAUUGAUGAUGAGUUCCUGCUAGGGAGGGAUUUGCUCGUCCACCCUGUCACUGAAGAGGGAGCGCGAGGUGUCACAGCCUACCUGCCUGGCAGUGAGGUUUGGUAUGAUGUGCACACAUUCCAGAAACACAACGGUGGCCAGAAUCUCUACAUCCCCGUCACCAUGAGCUCUAUCCCAGUGUUCCAGCGAGGCGGCUCCAUCAUCCCCAGGAAGAACCGGCCUCGAAGGUCCUCCUCCUGCAUGGAAUCUGAUCCUUACACCUUUUAUGUGGCCCUCGGCUCCCAGAAAACAGCAGAAGGUGAACUUUACAUCGACGAUGGCCACACUUUCAACUACGAGAAGCAGAGGCAGUUCAUCCACAGGCGCCUGUCUUUUGCCAACAACGUCCUAGCAUCCAGCAACCUGGCCCCAGAUGCCCAGUUCUCUACUGCUUCCUGGAUCGAGAGGAUCAUCUUCCUGGGGGCACACAAGCCAAGUGCCAUCACCCUAAGAAUGUCUGAUGGUAGUGAAUCCCCCGUGGAAUUUGAGUUUGAUGCUGCCAUGUCAGUACUAACCCUUCGCAAACCAGGGAUGAACGCUGGUGCCGACUGGACGGUGGUGCUGCGGUAAUCCUGGAGAUGUGCGGGCGAGCACAGUGCUGCCAAUCAGGUGGUCUGAAGCCAAAGGGUCAACACACAGAUCAACGAAGACGAGAGUGCACUCCUGUAACAGACACACACACACACACACACACAGACACACACACACAAAGUAACUGACAGUAACAGGACAAAAGCACUUAUCAGAUACACACAUGCAAGGCUGAAGCACUUGUCAGACAUGGACACACACAAACACGCAGAACUUAGGUAAUUAUCAGACAGGAAAACACAGAAACUUGCAUGCACACACACUGACUGACUUGAGUUUUAGGUUAGAGCCAUUGCAAUCAACUCAGAGGGUGGGGUGAAAACAAAUUUCGAGUGGGGGGGAGUGAAGGGAAUAGGCCUGAGAGAGAUGAGCAGGGAGGGAUUUAAUCAUCGAUUCUCCUUUUUAAUUUAGGCAGCAUUUGCUCUAGGGUUGAAGAUUAUGAUGAUGAUAAUUACUAAUUUAGUUUGUUUUUCCCCCAAACGGUGGACUCUCAAAAGUAUUUCUGGAACUUGAACACAUUCGGUGUGAGAUCCUGAUUUAGACACACACACACACACACAUACACUUCAUAAUGAUUAACAAAGCCCAACAGAAAUAUGAGAUUAAAGAUUCCUUUAUUCAUUCCCCCUUGUCUACUUGUGAGCAUGAAAAGGGGGCAUUAUCCUGGGAAUGCAAAGGAAAAUCAUACAUAUUCUCGUACCAUCCUCAACAAAUCCAGUUUACAAAUUACUUUAGGUCUGUGACAGAUUUUCUUCACAUUUGGAAAAACACUCAAGUGACAGUAUAGAGAUGAUACAGGAUAGAAAGAGUAUUAGAACCCAGGAAAGUAGUUGGUUUUUAAAAUUGAUCCAGCCUUGAAUUUUGUCAAUGAGUUCUUGUGCCCUGAUUCCGGAGGCCUGCUGUAUCAGCUUAGUUUUGUUUCAUCUUAAACUAUGAAGCAUGUUCAACCCAUUCCUCACCCUGACCUUUCAGAUUAUUUCAUUCAUAAAAAGUUGAAAUUUCUAACAUUGCAGGUAUAGGAAAAUUAAAUCUCCAUCACAGAAAGUAGUGCUUAGGUCUGCUGUGAUAAUCUAUUACCUAAGUGUUGAAGUUGGAACAAAGCUCAGUUGGUCUGGUAGAAGUAUCCCGGGGGCAGAACCACUGAUUGGAAGGACAUCAGCCAUUGUGACAUCUCUUCCAGUGAACAAUGUUUUCUUUAUUUUGCCAUGUCAUUUUUGUUCUUGUUUUUUUUUUUUUUUUUUUUUUUAAUAUGUACUUGAUUUCCAAAUGCACUUGAAGCAAACUUUCCAAUGUACAGCACAGAUAGAAUGUCUUUUUGCGGAUCAGAGUUGAAGUUUGUCCCAAGUUUAUGAAAAGCUUAAGCCUAAAUGCUGUGUGAAUGGGACAGGGUUAAAACAUUGGUUCUUACUGCUGCUCCCAAGAACUGGUGUCUUCUGGUGUUAAUUGUAGUGACAGUUGUGGUAAAUGUGGCCAUUAGUAUUUCUGCAGUGCAACAGUGUAGACAUGGGACUUGGUUGAAUGAUUGAACAUUUCUCCCAGGGCACACUGUAGUUGCUGCAACUCUUUCCAGCCAUGGGAAUAUGAAUUGAAUCACCAAUCAUCAUGACCCCCCCAUUAUGACAAAACAGAUUUUUUUUUUUUUAAUUUUUAAUCCAAUUAUUUUCAGAGGAUUAAGACUUGGAAAAAUUUCCACAAACUAUAAUGACAGAAUGAAGAUUGGUGGAGGUGGGAAUUUGGAACCUAAAACUCGGAACCCAGAAUGAAACUGGUGUGAGAGCCAAUGUUACCUUUUUAGUGAUAUUAUCUAAAACGAUGUAUGUUUUAGUGUCCUGACUUGGAGAAGUGAAUUGACUGAAAAUAUUUCUCUAUUGACCAAAUUGUAUAAAGAACAUCAGGAGUGGGGUGUGAAUUGAUUAAAUAUAAAUGAUAUGUGGAAGGUUUGACAAAUAAAUAACUGUACAUUCCCA